AAAUAAGUUUUUUUCAAACACGGUUUCAUCUCAUUCUUGCUGAUUGUGGUAUCGUUUGAGUGUUGUCUGCUUAUAACUAUUCUGAGUAGCUUAGGUAGUUACAAUGACUGGAUUACUACGUGGAAAUUUAGCUUUCGUAACAGGCGGUGGCUCGGGAAUUGGUAGAGCAGCAUGUCAAGUCCUAGCUCGAGAAGGUGCACAAGUAGUAGCAGCUGAUAGAAAUUUAAAAUCUGCAGAAGAAACAAUCGGUACAUUGCAAACAUCCAACAGCAAUGGGGCCAGUCAUCAUAGUAGCCAUUUAGUGGAUGUGUCCAAUUUUAAUAGCGUUAAGAGUUCGUUGAACCAAAUUUUGGAAAAAUAUAAAAAGCCACCAUCUAUAGUGGUGAACUGUGCUGGUAUAAACCGAAAUAAUUUUAUCUUAGAUAUGACUGAGGAAGAAUUUGAUGAUGUCAUGAAUGUUAACUUAAAGGGCACGUUUCUUGUUAUAAAAAUAUUCGCCCAGGCAAUAAUAGAAAAUAAAGUACCAGACGCAAGUUUUGUUAAUAUCGGCAGCACAGUUGCUAAGUUUGGUAACAUUACCCAAGCAAAUUAUGGCGCAAGCAAAGCUGGGGUUGAACUUGUGACUAAAACUGUUGUAAAGGAAUUUUCGAAGCAUGGAAUUCGGUGUAAUACGAUAUUACCUGGUGUUAUUUCGACUCCCAUGACGAAUCUUGUUCCAGCAAAAGAUCUGGAGUUAGUUUUGCCGCUUAUAGCUUGUGAAAGAAUAGGCCAUGCAGAAGAGGUUGCCGAAGUCAUAGCUUUUUUGGCAUCGAGUAAAUCUUCCUAUGUUAAUGGAGCUGCAAUCGAAGUCAAUGGAGGAUGGAAGGCAUAGAAUUUACAGCAUACAAAUAUCAUGGGAAUUGCUAAUGGAAAUAAGUCAACAAUUUACUUAUCACCUCUUAUAUAGACAUAAUUAUUUUUAUAUAUGUAUAAAAAAAAUGCAAUAAAUCCACGAUCUCGUAA